ACUUCUCAUGUAAACACUUCCCUUUCCCAACUCUCCCAAACUCAAAUGAAUUACCUUGACCUUACCUUAUUAACAAAACGCGCCAGAAUCUCCCUCUUUGGCAGUCUCUUAUCCGGCUUUCUUCCUCUCAGCCUCUGGUCUCAUCGGAAAUCGGCCAUGACGGUGGCACCAUUGAUGCUCCGGUCACUGAUCCGGCUAAUGGCGACACUGCUAGGGCAACCAGUGGCCGCCAUCACGACGAUUCUCUACUACGGGGAGCUGCUGCCAGAGAACAGCGUGCUGGUGAGAAUGGUCCGACACGACUUCCUCGACCGCGAUAACCACCUCUUCCACUUCCUCAUCAAUUUCCUCAGAUGCUUUUGGUAAAAAACACAACACUAGUGAUCAACAGCACAUUGCAAGUUGUCAAUUUGAUCGAGCCUCUGAUCAUGUUCGGAUUUCGAAUGUUUUCCUCCCAUGUCGAUCGCUUGAGAGCAGAGGAAUGCACAUACAGUUACUCCUCUUGGCUACUAGGAAAAUCAGAAACGCGCCGUCGAUCGAGUUUGGGAGGGACUCUGCAGCUGGUUGGAUUCGAUCAAACUUUUCCGGUUGGCUGCAUUCCAUGGAACGUUCAGUUAUUCAACUCAACGCUCGGUCUGCCGGGCGACUCCAUUAUUUGGUAGGAGUAAGUAUAAAGGUCGGCUAUCAUAACACGUGCACUUUAGCUUGUAGAAUUCUUUUACCUCUGCCUGCUUCUGGGAAACAUUGUAACUUGCAUUGGUGAAAUAAUAAUACUCCGUCUGUUUUCGCAA